AUGGAUUCAGUCAAAGCAAGCAACAAAAUCACAGACGUAGUAAGGCUUCAGCAAAUACUGAAGAAGUGGAAGAAGUUCGCGAUUACUCAAAAGAGCAAUAGCAAGAAGAGCAUCAGCCUACUCAAAAAGACCUUUUCUUUCUCAGACAGUUCAUCAGUGCUGAACUGCUAUGUUCCAAAAGGAUAUCUUGCACUGUGUGUUGGAAUAGAGAUGAAGAGAUUUGUUAUUCCUAUGGAGUAUUUGAGGCACAAAGCCUUUGAAGUUCUUCUUCAAGAAGCUGAAGAGGAGUUUGGAUUUCAAAAUGAAGGUGUUCUGAGGAUUCCUUGUGAGGUCUCCAUGUUUGAGGAUGUGCUUAAGAUGGUGGAUAAGAAGAACAAGGUUGGAUUUCGUCACUGCUUCUCAGAGACUGAUCUGAGUCAGGAAAAGAAAGAAGCAGCUCGUUACUGA